AUGUCUCCAAAUGAAUACUCCUCAACACCUCUGACUGAACAAUCCCCGCCGGAUUUCUCGCGUCCUUCUGUGGCUCGACAGCCGACUGAAUCUGGCAGCUUGUACUAUGGACACCAACCCCCAUCACUGGGAAGCAAGACAUGGAGCCAACAACAGGUUAAUCAAUGGCCAAGUCAUUCCCUAGCGGGAAAUAACAUGGCUCCGGCCCAACCUCAGCAACCACAACAAGCCAAUGUCUACGUUGAGCCGGAGUACCGACAACGAAACCCGAAAUACGGACGCGAAAAUGAGAAGCCAAUCUGGGGGCUAGCCAAGCCUCUUCCACGUGUUGUCCGACCUGGCAUGCGUCGAGAUGAAAAGAGUCAAAAAACUGCUCAACAGCCCGAACCCCCGGGUGAAUCAGCUCCCGCUCCAGAGAUGGAUGCAACGCCUGGAAUGCCGCCGCCGCAGUCUGGAGCUUCCCAAGGGCAGGGACAGACCUAUUCGUCUACAGCGCAGCAAGGCCUUGCUAAAAAACAUGCUAUUUAUGCCCCGCAACCCGAUGGCCUUCUUCGUCCGAUGGAAUCAGAAGCCAGUCAAGGAAAUGUGGCUCAGGACUCAGAUCAACUGGAGAAUCGAACGGGGGAGGAACAGCCACAGGAAGAAUUCUUGAAUCGCUGGGUCAAAAUCAGGCACCAGAUGAAGGAGCCUUUUGCAGAAUUCCUCGCGACAACCGUCGCCAUCCUCAUCGGCCUAUGCGGCACACUCGCAGUAUCGACCGGUGGGACAUCAGCGGGAAGCCGUCUUUCAGAGAACUGGGCCUGGGGCCUCGGAUUUAUGAUCGGUAUCUACCUCGCUGGUGGUAUAUCUGGUGCACAUUUGAACCCAGGAAUCUCUCUUACGCUUUGGAUCUUCCGUGGUUUCCCAGGUCGACGAUGUUUUUACUAUAUUGUUGCCCAGUUGCUUGGCGCAAUCACUGCCGCGGGUCUGACCUACUGUUUGUAUCGUGAUUCGAUCCUGACCCUAGCACCGAAUACAUCGCCAGGGACAUCAGGACUUGGAUUCUACACCGAACCACUUGACCAUAUCAGCUCCGCGACUGCUUUCUUUACAGAAUAUGUCGCCGACGUGGUGUUGCUUUGUGUUAUUUUUGCAAUGGGUGACGAUAGCAACGCACCUCCAGGAGCCGGUAUGCACUCUUUUGUGAUCGGCCUCGUUAUCUACGUCCUGUGUAUUUGCUUGGGGUUCAAUACGGGAGGAUGCUUGAAUCCUGUGCGGGACUUUGGACCCCGCCUGGUUGCCCUCAUGGCUGGCUAUGGCGGGCAAACUUUCACCAAUCAUCAAGGAUGGUGGUUUUGGGGCUGCUGGGUGGCUACCAUCAGUGGUUGUCUUACUGGGGGUGGUCUGUACGAUACACUCAUCUUCAUUGGAGGCGAAUCUCCCAUUAACUAUGCGCCAAGACGGCGGCGUAGAGCGCGGCUCAAGAAAGAGACCAAGUGGAGGAAGAGGCUCGGUAUCGGGAAGCAUAAGGUGCCUGACUUGGAGAAUGGGAUUCGGGAUUUGGAAGAUAAAGAGAAUUGA